AUGCCCGAUGGAGCCUUCGUCACCCUCGUGACAGCCACUGCCUUUUGCAAAUGCUCAGGAGCCAUCCCUCAUGAUGCCUGCCUGGGCGGCGGGAUGAUGCUGAAGGGGAAGCACUCAGAACGGGUCCCGAAGCCGCACUUGCAGAACUUCCUGAGGGAUUGGAUACGGGAGGCACGGAGCCGAAAUGGCAAGGCUGCAGCUCGGGAGAAGGUUGCCGCUAGAGUCAGAGAUGUAGGAGUCACCUAUCCAUACCGGAUUGCUUAUGUGACCCAGAGGAGUGUCCCGGGCCCCAUGGAGCCGGCCUGGAAGCCGCGGCCGCUGGCGCUGCUGGCCCUCGUCUUGCUACUGGCCGCCAGAGCGAGUGCCGACGUCCUUCUGGAAGACUGCUGUGCAGAUGGGCAUAGACUGGCCACCCAGAAACGCGACUGCUCCGUGCCGUAUGCUUCCGAGUCCAAGGAGUGCAGGAUGGUGCAGGAGCAGUGCUGCCUAAACCAGCUGGAGGAGCUCCACUGUGCCACGGGCAUCAACGUGGCCCACGAGGGGGACGGCUGCGACUCUCACCAUGACAAUUCCAGCUUUGAGGCCAAGUUUGUUAAGAAAUGCUGUCAUUGCUGCCUGCUGGGGAAGGCGGCCCAGGCCCAGGGCCAGAGCUGCGAGUACAACCUGAUGAUCGGCUACCAGUGCGGCCUGGUGUAUCGGGCCUGCUGCGUCAAGGGCCAGGAGACCUCCGAGCUCGCCCCUGGGGACGUCGCUGCCGCCCCCGUGGACACCACUAAAAUUCCUGAGGAGGACCUUGUUGACCAAGAAGACCCCUACCUGCAUGACCGGUGCCGAGGCGGGGGUCCCUGCACUCAGCAGUGUCGAGACACGGGAAGCGCCGUCGUCUGCUCCUGCUUCGUGGGCUACCAGCUCUUGCCCGAUGGGGUCUCCUGCGAAGACACCAACGAGUGCAUCACGGGCACGCACAACUGCCGAAUUGGGGAAAUAUGCAUCAAUACGGUGGGGGCGUUUCGUUGUCAAAGAGAGAGCAGCUGUGGCACAGGCUACGAGCUCAUGGAGGACAACACUUGCAAAGACAUUGAUGAAUGUGAGAGUGGGAUUCACAACUGCCUACCCAACUUUGUCUGCCAGAACACACCAGGAUCUUUUCGCUGCAGACCCAAGCUACAGUGCAGGAGUGGAUUUAUUCAGGAUGCUUUGGGCAACUGUAUUGAUAUCAAUGAAUGUUUAAGUAUCAAUGCUCCAUGUCCUAGUGGUCAGACGUGCAUCAACACUGAGGGCUCCUACACUUGCCAGAAAAACGUGCCCAAUUGUGGCCGAGGGUACCACCUGAAUGACGAAGGGACGAGAUGCGUAGAUGUGGACGAGUGCUCCCCACCCUCGGAACCCUGCGGAGCAGGACAUCUCUGCAUCAAUACUCCUGGCAGUUUCCGCUGUGACUGCAAGGCGGGUUAUUAUUUUGAUGGGAUCAGCAGAACAUGUGCAGAUAUCAAUGAAUGCAGACGAUACCCCGGGCGGCUCUGUGGCCACAAGUGUGAAAACACCCCCGGCUCCUAUCACUGCAGCUGUACUGUGGGCUUCAAGCUUUCCUCUGAUGGCAGGUCAUGUGAAGAGGAACGUUUGGAAAAGAGCCCCAACAGGCGGCCUAUCCUUGUCCUUCUGGCCACCACUGUGGGCCGUUUCACCUCUUGGAAUCGGGAGUGCCGGGCCCCCCAGAGCUCCAGAGGGGUCACCAGUGCCAAGCGCUUUAUGUGCCUUUGGACGUCACCUGCUAGCAACGGCAGCUCCUUGGAGGGAAACAUCGUCCUGUCGCCGUCUUUUCGCUGUGAGCGCUUGCCUUGUAAUGAGAAUCAGGAAUGCCAGAGGCUGCCCUUGAGAAUAACCCACUAUCACCUCUCUUUCCCUACCACCAUCCAAGUGCCGGCCGUGAUUUUCCGCAUGGGCCCCUCGAGCGCCGUCCCUGGGGACCGCGUCUACCUCGCCAUCACCAGCGGGAACGAGGAGGGCUUUUUCACCACCCAAAAAGUGUCCGCGCACAAUAGCGUGGUGGCCUUGCACAGGCCGGUCCUGGAGCCCCGGGACCUGCUCCUUACCGUGCAGAUGGAGCUGCUUCGUCAUGGCACGCUGAACACUUUUGUCGCCAAGCUUCACGUCUUCGUGACCGCUGAGCUCUGAGCACCUCCCUCCUCUGCCCCAGGAUUAAUAAAGUGCUCCCACACUGCUCCUCUACCCUAGCGUCCUUGUGGCUCUUUGGCCCUGGCCUGGCCCCUUUAAUUAGGA